UAGAUGUACACGAUUCUAAGGGCAUAAAAAAAUCAGCUAUUUGGUUUCCAGUACCUCUGCAGAGCUUGGGCAGCAUAGUGUUAAAUUUCAUAUGUAGAAAAUCCAAAAAUCCAUUGAUUGAAGAAAAAAGCGGGAGACAGUGCCGAGACAAAAUAUUUUUUACAUAUUGAAUUACAUCCUCAUUCUUCCAUACAGUAUCAGCAUCAGACAACUAGCUCACCCGGGGACGCACAACAAUAAACAAUCAGCAAUACAGAAAAAUGUGAACACUGUGACUGAGCGCAACACACGUGAAAAAUGCGGACGAUUUAUGUUAAGCGAAGGCGGCUCGCGCCCACCUACGACGACAGCUAUAAGAUAAGGUUAAUAUUUGUGGCAGGGGCCGAAGGAGGGGGUCUCGCAUGUCCUGAUCAUAUGCGGGAUGCGACGAUGUGCCGACACGGGGUUGGCGCGCGCUGGGGACUCGCGCACCGAGCGCGAGGGAAGCCACAUUUUUCCGCAGCGCGCGCACACAAAUGGGCAAUUAGCGAGACGAAUGGUUUCGCUUCAUAAAAUAUCCGACUUAAUGCAACGAUCGCUGCUCGUGAAUUAUUUAUGUCGCGCUGCCCGUUAGAUUCCCGGUGUUCCGCACCCCUCCGAUCUCCGCUCCGGGUUUCGCGGUCCCCGUUCCCACCCCCCCCCCCCCCUCCGCCGCCCCGCGUCGUUUUCUCUCUUUUUUCCCUCCGUCCGUCGACCAAGUGCACUAACGGCAAAGACUAUCCUUCCGAGGAACACAACUAUGAGUCUUGUCUUGAAAUGUCAAGUUAACUGAAGAAAGUGGAAAAAAAUAGAUACUAAAACAAGAAAUAAAGGGAAGCAAACUAAUUCAUAGCCAUCCAGCCUAAACCUGGGAGAAACAGACAAGGAGAGAAAGAGGGAAGACAGUCGAUGGAUGCAGUUUGGACAGAGGAGACGGCGCAUUUUUCACUGACCAGGAAAAGAAAGCAGCAAAAAUUGAGGGAAAGGGGAAAAACGCGCCGCCAGAAGCCAUGGUGUGGUGUGAGAAGGGGAUCCAGAUCCUUCUCACCACCGUGGGGGCGUUCGCAGCCUUUGGAUUGAUGACGGUGGCGAUUGGCACAGACUACUGGCUCUACGCUCGGGCCUUCAUCUGUAACAGCACUGCCAACUCCUCCCAGGAUGACCCCCAGAACAAGGACAAGAAGGAUCCCGGGGCCCUCACACACUCUGGCCUCUGGAGGAUAUGCUGCCUGGAAGGUCUGAAAAGAGGAGUGUGCUCUCAAAUCAACCAUUUCCCAGAAGACGCCGAUUACGACCAUGAUGGGGCCGAAUACCUUCUCCGGGUGGUGCGAGCGUCCAGCAUCUUCCCCAUCCUCAGUGCCAUACUUCUUCUGUUGGGUGGCGUUUGUGUUGCUGCCAGCCGCUUCUACAAGAGCAAGAGGAACAUCAUUUUGGGGGCCGGCAUUCUCUUCGUAGCUGCAGGCCUCAGCAACAUUAUCGGGGUGAUAGUUUACAUCUCCGCGGCUCUGAGUGACAUCUCGCCGAAGAAGGAUGAGGACAAGAAGUGGCACUACUCCUACGGCUGGUCCUUCUACUUUGGGGGCCUGUCCUUCAUCUUGGCGGAGAUGGUUGGCGUGCUGGCGGUUAACAUCUACAUCGAGAAGAACAAGGAGCUGCGUUGCCGCUCGCGCACUGACCUCUUCAAGAGCACCACCCACGCCAUGCUGCGGCUGCCCAGCUACCGCUUCCGCCACCGCUCCCGAUCCAGCUCCCGCUCCACCGACCCUUCCCGCUCCCGUGACCCCUCCCCUGUCGGAGGAGGGAGCAAGAAUUUUGGCCUGACUCCGUCGGCACUGCUCUCUCAAGGACCGCCGGGGGCCAUGUCAGUCUCGACCCUGCCGAACCCUCACUCCCACUCCCACUCUCCGCUGGGGGGUGACAUCUCCAUGUAUACCCUGUCCAGGGAUCCCAAACUGGCUGGUUUAGGGACCCUGGGGGCACCGCCAAUGUAUGGGACAGUAGAUCGGGCCACUUUAUAUCAGUUACAUAAUUGUUUCCCAAAAGAGGGCGGUAGCAGUGGGGGAGGGGUGCUUCUAGGGGGCACUUUGCCUUCCCUUUCCAAAUCCAACAACCCCUUAUCAGUCCAGAAUUCUUCCAGCGGCAACGCCCCUCUCAAUACCUCAACUUCCACUCCCCCUUCAUCUCAGCCCCCUCCCCUGUUGUCCUCCACCAUGGAACGAGACAGGGGGAUGAGCACCCUGGAUCGGCUGGGCAAAGGAGACAGGGAGAGCUCCAACACCAACACCCUGAACAGGAAGACAACGCCAGUGUAGAGGUGCGGAGGAGAAGCAGGAAGCUGGACCGAAGUCAAAGGAAACCGAAGAAGAAUAGUGUAGCUGUAUUAAAAAGGGCAAAAGAUUAAUAACAACCAGAAUAACAACAACAAUUCAUCUGAACAUUUAUGUUAAACACAUCAGCAGUAAAAGUAACCCUUGUUUUUUUGUAUUGUUUAAAUCCGAGUGCUUUACAGUUAUUCAUUACACGAUUGUACCUCUUGAGUAUCUCCACAUUGUUGUUGUUAUUGCAGUUGUUAUUAGUGGGAUGUUCUGUAAUUACAAGGUUCAUUUUUAAUAUGUUUUUAAAUGAUUUUUAUUUAAAACUGAGAAUAUAUUAUGACUGUGAUUU